AUGGACAGGCUUGACUGCACGGAAGAAAAGCUGCUUAGACAGCUACUCGGCUACUUUGCUACUUUUGACCUAGGGAGUUUGUUGGACACUGUGGAUAGCCAGUUCGGGCGAGACGUGAAGUUUCCCUGUAUAUGGAACAGCGACGAAUGGAUUGAUUCCGUGCAAGCUUUCGCAGGAGAUCGAAAAGGUUGGGCAGAGCUCCGUUUAAGGACGACAGCUACUAAGCCAUGGGCUGAUGAGAUAGCAAACUAUGGAAUAUCAGCUAUGAACGAAUAUAGAAGCGCAAUAGGACAUGCUACACAGGUAUUGUGGGCGGAGACACUGACAGUGGGUUGUGCGGUCACGCACUGCACUAAAGGUGGGACUAUGGUUGUGUGUCAGUACUAUCCACCAGGAAACUACAUUGGUUCAUCGAUGUACAAAGAAGGAAAGACAUUGUCGGAGUGCGGUUUAGAAGGAAGAAACGAGGUCCCUCAUUCUGAAACUGGACUAUGGAGGGAGGGCGGAGCCACGCUCGGUUCCGCAACCUACUAUCCGAACGCAGCGCUCUCGUCGUGGCUUCCACGCCACGUCAAAGUUGUGCAAAAGAAAGACCGUACUAUGGAUGUAGAUCCAACGCCAGCCAUAAGGAUAAUAUGUGCACUUCUCAUCCUAAUUCCCUCACUAGUCGGCUUUGUUCUGCAAAUAGUCGUCCUCGCAGCCUUUUGUUUGGAUUGGAAAACGAUGCGAAGCAGCAGUUUCUAUAUCAUUAUGGUUCAAAUUAUGGGUUGCAAUACUUGUUCUCUAUUUCUGGACCUCUACAUUGCUUUUCCUUUAACUCUUACAGGAAUACAGUACAUGGGCGACAGCAAUUUACUGUAUCAUGGACCCCUGUUUUUUGAAGGUGUUGCUUUUCAAGGGCUGCUUCUUCAUUCAUUCUUGCUUACAAUAACUAGAGUAACUGUAUUUUUCUUUCCUAAAUGGAACGAAGUUUUAUUCUCUCCAAAAGGGACAAUUUUACUUUCAAUGAUUGUAUGGAUCUAUAUUUUUGCUCUUCUCAUACUCUAUGACAUAUUCGGGUGCAAGAAACAAUUUUCAAAAGACGGAUUUUACUUCGGAUAUCGAUGCGAAAUAAGCGUACGAGGAGGCCCCUAUAUAAGGAGUUUCAUGAUGUACCAAGGCCAGCUGCUACCAUUCAUAAUGACUUUAUCGUAUAUUGCAAUAUAUUUUAAAAUAAAAGCCAUUAGUCGGAGUGCCACAACAAGACGUAAUAUUAAAGCAGAAAUGCGCUUUUUGUGGCAGACAAUUCCACUUACUGUUCUUCUCAGCAUUCAAGUGCUUGCGUUCACCUUCAUCCCGAAAUUUUACGUUACUGGUUACGGGCGGUUCUUCACGACUUCCACAACGAGUCUUAUUAUCAUCGCCAACAACAUGGCUUCGCCAAUAGUUCUAUUAAUUUUCAACAAGGAUAUAUGGAAGUACACACGACGAAUGCUUCGCUGCAAAAGUAGCGAAGUUUUGCCAGUGCUUGUUACAAGUGGAAAUGACGCCCGGAGGAUAACUGUUCAGAUGCGGCGUACAACCACUACUGAGUAA